AUGUCUGAAGAUACACACGCUUAUCAUGGAAACAUUAAAGAUGGAUUAUUUCAUGGAUAUGGUGUUUUAAUUUAUUCAAAAAAUGAAAAAUAUGAAGGGGACUUUGUGUAUGGAAAAAGAGAAGGGAAAGGAAAAUUCACUUAUGCUGAUGGUGCAACAUAUGAAGGAGAGUGGAUAGAUGACAAAAUUCAUGGAAAGGGAAUAGCAAAAUUUAUAAGUGGUAAUGUAUAUGAAGGAGAAUGGGAAAAUGGAAAAAUUAAUGGUUUUGGAAUUUUAAGUUACAACAAUGGUGAUAUAUAUGAAGGAGAAUGGCUAGAUGGUAAAAUGCAUGGUAGAGGGACAUAUACGUAUGAAGAUGGUGAUGUAUAUAUAGGAGAAUGGAAGAAUGAUAAAAGGCAUGGAAAAGGAUGUGUAAAAUAUAAGGGAAAUGAAAACAAAAUAGCAGAGACAUAUGAAGGAGAUUGGGUUGAAGGAAAAAUGCAAGGAAAAGGAAUUUAUACUUUUGCCGAUGGAGGAAUAUAUGAAGGAGAUUGGAUAGAUGGUAAAAUGGAAGGAAAAGGGAUAUACAAAUAUUUAAACGGAAAUGUAUAUGAAGGAGAAUGGUCUAAUGACAUGAAAAAUGGGUAUGGUGUAUUAACAUACGUAAAUGGGGAGAAGUAUGAAGGAUAUUGGAAAAAUGAUAAAGUUCAUGGAAAAGGAACAUUAACAUAUAGCAAAGGAGAUAAAUAUAUAGGAGGAUGGAAGUAUGCUAAAAAAUGCGGAGAAGGGGAAUUAAUUUAUGCAUCUGGUGAUAGAUUUAAAGGAGAAUGGAAAAAUGAUCAAGCUAAUGGAUUUGGUAUUCUUCUUUAUGCAAAUGGAAAUAAAUAUGAAGGAGAAUGGAUUGAUGAUCAGAGGCACGGAUAUGGAACAUUUUCCUGCAAAGAAGAUGGAUCUGUUUAUUCUGGUUAUUUUGCAUAUAACAGAAGAGAAGGAAAAGGAACAUUGACAUUUGUUAAUGGAAAUAUUCUUGAAGGAAUUUGGAAUUUGGGUGUUUUAACAAAAGUAACUAAUUUUAAAUUAAGUCCAUCUUCUCCGUGGAAUGAUGCAGAUUUAUAA